GGAUGGGUGUGGGUGGCCCGGGGAUCUCGGCAGCCCCACGCCCAUGUCCCGAUCCGCAGCUGGUGUCCCCCGAGGAGCACCGGCGGUUCCUGGAGCGGGGUUUGGCUCUGGCCGAGCGGCGCAGCCAGAACAGUUUCCACUGCCGGGGCCGGGACUGCCCGGGCUGGUGCUUCUACGAGGACGCGGUGAACGAGUUCCCGUGUCCCGUGUGGGGGGCCCUCAACUGCCUCCUGUGCAAGGCCAUCCACGAGGGGCAGAACUGCCGCCAGUACCAGGACGAGCUGCAGCUGCGGGCGCAGCACGACGCGGCCGCGCGGCAAACCAGCGACAUGCUGCAGCCGUUGGUGCAGCGGGGGGAGGCCAUGCACUGCCCCACGUGCCGCAUCGUGGUGCAGAAGAAGGACGGGUGCGACUGGAUCCGCUGCACCGUGUGCCAGACCGAGAUCUGCUGGGUCACCCGCGGGCCGCGAUGGGGGCCGGCG